GGAGGGGAUGCUGAGUCUUCCAGCGGGUUUUCCAUCCCACAUUGAGCUGCUGCGUAAUUAUUUGGGGAAUUUUUCUGUUUGGAAAAAGCCUCCAGGAGCAGUUUAUGUCCCGUGCAGGACCCAUAGUGUUUUCUGGCCCUCUAUCACUCUUAGAAACUCUCUCGGUUUCAUUUUCUUGGCUGAGCAGCUGCUGCUGCUGCGCUGCAGGAAGGCGGAAGCCACACAGCCCCACAUUGGAGCCCAAUAGGGGAGCCUGCAUCCUUCCCCAAAAGUAGCUCUUUCCAGAGGCUGGGAGCCACGAUGUCCCGGGGAUCGGCAUGACAAGCUCCUCUCACACUCAGGGGGAAGCCUGGCUGCUGGCAGCAGGCUGGGCCGGCAGGCGGAGGAUGCUGAGCAGCUAAGCCCAGGACACCUCCCCGGCCAGCUGGGGGGACGUGGGUGCCCCCACCAUGGAGAUCCGACGCACCUUGCCCCAGGAUUUCUGGGAGCUGCUGCACUGCCUGAAGAUGAGGAGCAAGUAUGCCAUCCUGCUGGUCUUCGUCAUUGGCCUCGUCAUCAUCGAGAAAGAGAAUAACUUCAUCUCCAGGGUGUCAGACAAGCUGAAGCAGUCCCCACAGACGCUGGUGGAGGCCAACGGCACAGAAAUCAGCCCAGCACCGGCUGAGAAUGGCUCGCUGGCCUCAUUGCAAGAGUUGGAUGCCGCCUUCUCCCAGCUGAGGUCCCGCCUGCACAAUGUCACCCUGCAGCUGGUGGGCAACGGGGAUCCUGGACCGCGGCGGCACGUCCUGCUGAUGGCCACCACCCGCACUGGCUCCUCCUUUGUAGGGGAGUUCUUCAACCAGCAAGGCAACAUCUUCUACCUCUUUGAGCCCCUCUGGCACAUCGAGAGGACAGUGACUUUUGAGCCGGGAGGAGCCAACGCGGUGGGCUCAGCUCUGGUCUACCGGGAUGUCCUCAAGCAGCUCCUCCUCUGCGACCUCUACAUCUUGGAGAGCUUCAUUUCACCAGCACCCGAGGGCCACCUGACACCCUUCAUGUUUCGUCGAGGCUCGAGCCGCUCGCUCUGCGAGGAGCCCGUCUGCACGCCCAGCUCCAAGAAGGUCUUUGAGAAGUACCACUGCAAGAACCGCCGCUGCGGCCCCCUCAACAUCACGCUGGCUGCCGAGGCGUGCCGGCGCAAGCAGCACGUGGCCCUGAAGACGGUGCGCAUCCGGCAGCUGGAGUUCCUGCAGCCGCUGGUGGAGGACCCUCGGCUGGAUGUGCGCAUCAUCCAGCUGGUGCGGGACCCUCGAGCAGUCCUGGCUUCUCGCAUCGUGGCCUUCUCUGGCAAAUACGAGACCUGGAAGAAGUGGGCUUCUGAAGGGGAGGCUCCUCUCCACGAGGAGGAGGUGCAGCGGCUGAGGGGCAACUGCGAGAGCAUCCGUCUGUCUGCCGAGCUGGGGCUGCGGCGGCCAGGUUGGCUGCGGGGUCGCUACAUGCUGGUACGGUAUGAGGACGUGGCGCGGGCACCCUUGCAGAAGGCGGAGGAGAUGUACCGCUUCGCCGGGCUCCCCCUCACCCCACAAGUGGAGGAGUGGAUCAGCAAAAACACACAAGCACCCCAGGAUGGCAGUGGGGUCUACUCCACCCGUAAAAACUCCUCUGAGCAGUUCGAGAAGUGGCGGUUCAGCAUCCCCUUCAAGCUGGCGCAGGUGGUGCAGGAUGCGUGCGCCCCAGCCAUGCGUCUCUUCGGCUACAAGCUGGCUGACAGCCCCACCACACUGGCUAACCGCUCCUUCAGCCUGCUGGAGGAGGCACAGCCCUCCUGGGUCACGUAACGGCAGGUGGGGACGGCAGCGGGGGAAAUGAGGGGCUUGCGGCUGCACUCCCGGCUGGCUCAGAGGAGACCUGGGGGUCCUUGCUCCUGGAGAUGCCUCUUGCUGCUGCUGGGUGGAGAUCUGCAGCUCUGGGAGCCAGAGCAUCCCUGGUGUCCCGCAGAGCCUGAAUGACACAAUUUCUCCAGGAAUGGGGAAAUCAUGAGGGUGAGGGGCACUGGGGAAAAGCAAGGGGUUCGGCACUGAGGCCACCUCCUCAGCUUAGGGGCAGCACCAAGGAAGAGGAGGGCGAGCAGAGGGUGACAGGACCAAGCACCUCUGCAAUCCCACAUCUCCCAGCUAGGACAAGGCAAGGACAAGACCCCCAUGGUGCCAGCAAGGACCCAGACCCCAGAGGCCUUACUGGUUUAGUGCCUUCAUACACCAGCAGAGACUGGGAACUGCCCCAGAGGCGUGGUGGGGCAGGAGUUGCCCACGGAGCCCCAGCCGGCACUCGGGCUGCAAUGAAACGAGGUGAUUUGGUGCUCUUCAAAGUUGGUUGGGAGGGAGGGGCGUUGGGGUUGAGUUUUUUCCUUUUUUUUCCUGUAUAUUUGCAUACGAGGGUCGCCAGGCGAAUUAAUUUAUUUAUUACGUGAAAAAGAGGGGGAGGCGGGUCAAGGAGCUAACCCCAAAGUCAGAGCAGCACGAUGUACCGCAAAGAAACAGAAAUCUUGAGCCAAGGAGGUCAGAUUUUGGCCAGAAAUCACCACGUGCACUGCCACAGGAUCCCGGGAGAGCCCCCAGGGACCAAUGGGCUAUAACUCCCCCAAGACUCCAGCGGAGCUAGCUGCGAACCUCGGCACCUGCUGGAAGAAGGUCGGACUUACUGAAUUAAAGGCAAAAAUACAACAGCACAGAGUCCAAAGCAUCUCCUGUGUCCUUGGUGUUUGUGUGUGUCCUCUGCCCGUCAGAGCCCCGGGAAUACCGUGAGUUUCAGGGUGUUUGCCACAUGCAGACGUUCACCCAGCGAUAGCCUGGCCCCGAGCUGCCUCCUCCAAUUCACAUCUAGUGAAUGAAGAUGCCUAUUUUUAGCCCUCUUUUCAGCACAUCCUUUUACUCCCUCUGUAUUUUGGGUUACGGCAGCCACUCGAGAGAGAAGCCGGGCAUUUCAGUGGAAGGUAGUGGUUGUCUGCACCUCAGAGUUGCUGCGGAGCCCUGAGGGUUCCCCACUGCCCUCCCAGGUGCCGCCGGCAGCCCCGCGUCUCCUUUCCCUGGCCGGAGCUGUCGGCCAAAAGCAAAAAUAAAUAAGUAAAAUCAGGCAGCGGCUGCCCACAGCUGGGCUGCGUUUCUGCUGGCAGAGAGCAUCACAAAAGCUGCGUUUUUGACCAAAGAGGGAGAACAGAGGCGGCAUUGAGGAGUACGGGGCCGACUGGCGGGGAGCAGCCACACCGGAGCCCUUCGCUUCUGCCUGCCCAUGCUGGCCAGGGAGGUUUUCUGACUGUGGCCACCUCAUUCACCAAGGAGCAUCUGGCCUCAAGGUGUGAAUUCGGGGUGCUUGAUGUU